CAUCCCCACGCGUCGAUUGGGCCUUGCAGCGCGGGCGGCCGUGGCCAGUGCUUUUCGUGACAGUUUGGCGGCAGAGUCGCGUUAAGUGCAGGAUAGAGUUUGAGAUUUUCGUGCGGGUGGAUGCGCUGUCUAGCCCAUGUCUUUGGGGCUGGAGUGACUGAUGAGACGAGAAUCUCGCUCUCCGUCUGCCCUGCAGCAUCACUCACAGUGAUCGAUUUUGCCAUUUCUUCGUCGUCUUCGGCUCCCGUCAAAUCCAUCCCUCCAGCAGCUGCCCCUCCCCUCCAAUCCCCUCCAUGCCCUCCUGUAAAACUGCGCUCCUCCAGUUCUCUUCUCCCUCCAUCGUCCCCUGAAAGCUCCCUGAAGCUACUGCUGGCCUCCCCCACUCUUCAGGGCCAUCCGUCCCGUCCCAUUAAAGUGAAAACCCAUCGGCGUGUGAGGCGCGUCUUGCGGUACCUCCCUUCAGCCAAUCCGCGCACGAACCACCAGGUACCGGCGACUGCGUUGUGUACCAUCGCCUGCUGGAACGCCCGUUGGUGCGCAGUGGUUACUCGCCAGCCGCAGCUGCGUGUCUCUGCCACACAUUCCGCCCCGCAGCGGUACCUCAGGGCUACAAACCCAGAUACCUCGCCGCCAAGUACCGGCGCAGCGGGCGGCAGUGUCGCAGACACAUGCCAGCGACGGAGCCCUGCGGCGUCUGACUUGUACCGCCCUCUGCGCCCCUCCCUGGCCAGCCCUCCCUCGUCGCCUCUCAUUCUCGCUUCACGUCCAUCUCGCGGCGUGUUCGUUGCUUGUUUAUUAGUACUCGCUGUGUCCCACUUGGGCCUGCUUUUCUCGCGCUGCCUCUUCCCUCCCCUCAUCCUUUUUGUUUAUUCCGGCUCUCACUCUCUCAGAACGCCAUACACACACCAACACGUUCGUUUAAGUCUGGUGUAAAAGGAAAAAAAGAGAGGACGAUUCAUUCCUGGGAUUUUUGAAGCGAAUACAUACCACAAGCACAGAAAAAAAGAAGAAAAAGAAGAAAAAAAUUAAUCUGCAAAGCCCGUUUCUCGCCUCAUCUCCAACUAAUUGAUACUCAUCUCUACCUUACCGCCUUUACUGUGAAUCAUCUGCUGCCAUCAAAUCUCAAAUCUCUGCCAUCGAUCUUCUGUUUUGCCCUCCCUCCACACCAGUUCGAAGGGGCGGUUCUCGGAGUGGAACCACUGCAACUUGUCGCAUCAUCGCAUUUCGCUUUACAUCGAAUUCGCAUCGCAUCGAAAUCGCAAAGUUGAAUCGCUUUUUUUUUUUUUUAAUUCGCCAUCGACCAUGGCCGCCGUCACUCGCCAGCCGUUUGCUCCCCUGGACGGAGCUCGUCUUCAAUCAUUAACCAGUCUGAAG